UUAUAGUUUUACAUAAAAAAAUAAUUUUCAGUCGAUGUCAGAAAAAUAUGUAUUUAAAUGCUACAUAAUAUGUAACAAUUGCACAUAUGAUCAUCAAAGUGUAACUAAGUCAUUGUGAAUUACAUAAUAUAUAUAAUUUUAUAUAUAAACUUUUCUUAUAUGUAAAUUUAUGAAUUGAGAGUAUGUUUGCUUGUUUAUUUGCUUGUGUAUACAUAUUUACUAGAAAAAUAUUUUAUCGCAUUUUAAUCCAUAUAAAAAAGUACGAAAUAUUUUUCCUACUUGUUUGUUGAUUCAUCGACGAAGGUGUGUUCUCGAUGACGACGACAAUAAAAACAGGGUCGGGCCUCUAUUUUAUGGAAAUAUCAAUCGACCAUAACAUAUUCUAGAUUCUAGAAAAACCUGCUGUAGCAAACAAAUUUUUUAAUAUAUUAACAAUCAAUUUGAAUAUGGCAUCAACAAGUUUAUUAUUCUGACCAAUCGUAUGCGAGUAUUGAAUAAGCAACACGAGAACGCGCUCAUAUUUAAAGCGCGGAUAAUUUACAAUGAAAUUCAGAUUUCUUUAAAACGUAUAGCAAAUAACUGGAGUACGUUGCUACGUUUAGAAUAGUGCAAGUUACUAAUAUUAUCAUUUUACAAUGACUACUUACACGGACAAAGGUACAAAGCCUGUUGGUGGAAAAUUUUUAAGUUUCGAUUAUGUAAAAUUUUGGGUUGGAAAUGCAAAACAGGCAGCUAGCUUUUAUUGUGUAAGGAUGGGAUUUGAACCACUUGGUUAUCGUGGCUUAGAAACUGGUUCAAGAAAUAUAGCGGCACAUGCUGUUAAACAAAAUCAGAUAAUAUUUGUUUUCGAAUCAUCUUAUGAACCUGGAAACAAAGAAAUAGGGAAUCACCUUUCUCAGCAUGGCGACGGUGUCCGUGACAUUGCUUUCACGGUCGAAGACAUCGAUACUAUCGUUAUGAUAGCAAAACAAAAAGGUGCAAAAAUUAUAAGAGAUAUAUGGGAAGAAAAAGAUGAGUUUGGUGUUAUUAAAUUUGCUACAUUGAAAACCUAUGGAGAUACCCAUCAUACUUUGGUUGACAGAAGUAAAUACAAGGGAUUCUUUCUACCAGGAUUUAUAAAAGCUUCAAAAGAUGUACUUAUUAAACAUUUGCCAACAACCUAUUUAAAAUUUAUAGAUCACAUUGUAGGUAAUCAAGCUGAUAAACAAAUGGAACCUGUUGCUAAAUGGUAUGAAGAAUGUUUACAGUUUCAUAGAUUUUGGUCAGUAGAUGAUAGUCAAUUACAUACCCAAUAUUCUGCAUUACGUUCUAUUGUUAUGACUAAUUGGGAAGAAACUGUUAAAAUGCCAAUUAAUGAACCAGCACCUGGUAAGAAACGUUCUCAAAUUCAAGAAUACGUUGAUUACUAUGGUGGUGCUGGUGUACAGCAUAUAGCUUUAAAUACUAAUAAUAUAAUAACAGCUAUACAAAAUUUACGUGCAAGAGGAAUGAAAUUUCUUAAUGUUCCUGAUAGUUAUUACGAUAUGCUUCGAGACCGUUUGAAAAAUAGUAAACUCAAAAUUAUAGAAGAUUUAAAAAUAUUACAGGAAUUAAAAAUUUUAAUCGACUAUGACGAAAAUGGUUAUUUGCUACAAAUUUUUACUAAAAAUAUGCAAGAUCGACCAACUCUCUUCAUAGAAGUUAUUCAAAGGCAUAAUCAUAAUGUAAGUUUAGGAGUAAUGGAUUUCAAAGAUGAAUUUAAAAUUUUUAAAUAUAUAUAUAUACAUAUAUUUAAAUUAUAUAUAUAUUUAAAAUAUUUUACACAAGUAGUAGAGAUAUUUGUUAUGUUAUAGGGAUUUGGUGCUGGAAAUUUCCAAGCUUUAUUUGAAGCAAUCGAACUUGAACAAGCUAAGCGAGGCAAUCUGUAAUAUAUAUAUAUAUAGUGGAAAAUGUUUUUGUAUUGAUAAAUAACAAUGAGAUUAUUAUAAUAUAGCAUUUUAAGUAUGUUAUUACAUAUAUUUUACAAUAGAUCAAUUAUAUUAUUUUGUACAAGUGCAAGCAUAUGUGCAUGUAUUGUACAUCUUAUAUUGCAUAUAUUACAUAUUCAUGAAUUCCUGUUAGCCGAUUAUCAUAUCAUUUACUAUAAUAUGCUAUUGUAAAUAAAAUUGAAAUGAAAAAGUGUAAUAAAUAUAUAAUCAGGCAAUCAACCCUACAUAUUAAAUUUCUUAAUUAUUAAUAUGCAUGUGAAAGUUAUAAAAGUAGAAAGCAUUAGGAAAAGAAAUAUAUUUUUUUUUAUAAUUUCGAUGACAUGUACAAUGUAUUAUAUCACUAUUACGUUAAAGUGCCCUAUUAAGAGAGAGACUGCAUUUAUUAGUAGCAUAAUAUUAUUUUGUUAGUAUUAGACAACGAAAACAAAAGGAAAUUGAAGAAAACCACAAUUAUUAAACUGUAUUUAUUCUUAAAUGUUUUUUUUCUUUUCUUUUUUUCUUAUGGCCAAAAUGUAAGCAGAUAAUUUUCAUAUAAAAACUGGGAUAUUUAGAUAAAGUGAGAUAAUAUGCAAUGACAAAAAAGA